UUCUUCCUCCCUCACUCUCUCUCUGCUGGCCCAGCUUGGUUUCCUCUGCGUGGCUGGCCUGAGCGGACUUUUUCGCGCGAGUGUGGUAAGAGGAGAAAGAGGAAGACAAAGAGUUGGCCCAUGCGAGCAGCGUGUGGACUGAGUGCAGCUGUUUCGUUUAGAGAAGAACCCAACAUGUGAGAAGAUGUCUGUUGGAGGUUGUGCAUGUCCCGGCUGUUCGUCAAAGUCAUUCAAGCUGUACUCUCCUAAGGAGCCCCCCAACGGCGGCAGCUUUCCCCCCUUCCACCCAGGCGCUAUGCUGGACAGAGAUGUGGGGCCUACACCCAUGUACCCCCCCUCAUACAUGGAGCCUGGAAUGGGGAGACCCACACCGUAUGGGAACCAGACAGACUACCGGAUAUAUGAGCUGAACAAAAGAUUACAGAACUGGACAGAGGACUGUGACAAUCUCUGGUGGGAUGCCUUCACCACAGAGUUUUUUGAAGAUGAUGCUAUGCUCACAAUCACUUUCUGUCUGGAAGAUGGUCCAAAACGAUACACCAUCGGCAGAACGUUGAUUCCCCGGUACUUCAGAAGUAUCUUUGAGGGGGGCGCCACUGAGCUCUUCUAUGUUUUGAAGCAUCCAAAGGAGUCGUUCCAUAGUAACUUUGUGUCUCUCGAUUGUGACCAGUGCACCAUGGUGACUCAGAACGGCAAACCUAUGUUUACACAGAUUUGUGUUGAGGGCCGCCUGUACCUAGAGUUUAUGUUUGACGACAUGAUGAGGAUCAAGACGUGGCACUUCAGCAUCAGACAACACAGAGAGGUCCUACCGAGGAGCAUUUUGGCUAUGCAUGAUCCCCAGAUGCUUGAUCAGCUGGCUAAAAAUAUCACCAGAUGUGGGCUGUCCAACUCCACGCUCAACUACCUCCGUCUAUGUGUGAUAUUGGAACCCAUGCAAGAAUUGAUGUCUAGGCAUAAAACCUAUAGUUUGAGCCCCAGAGACUGCCUGAAGACCUGCCUCUUCCAAAAGUGGCAAAGAAUGGUAGCGCCUCCAGCUGAGCCUGCCAGACAAGCUCCAAACAAGCGGCGGAAAAGGAAGGUGUCCGGCGGGAGCACCGUGAGCUCUGGCGGAGGCAGCAAUAACAACAGCAACAGUAAAAAGAAGAGUCCAGCCAACAGCUUUUCACUCUCCAGCCAGGUACCUGACCUGGUUGGAACAAAAACCUGUACAGUGCCGGAGCUUGAGGACCGGAGUUGAGAACCACUACGCUAAAUCUUAAACACACACAAACACUGACAGACACACACCCAUACACAUACACACACAUGCAAACACGCACACACUCACACCAGUGUGCACACACUAACACAGUCACCUUACACCUUCAGCAUAAAACGUUGAGGUACUGGAGAAAGGUGGUAUGCAGCGUGUCUGGACCAGAGCACCAGGCGCUAACAGAAGUGUGUUUUUAUUUUCUAUGUUUUAGACUUGUUUUGAGUUUGUUUUGUUUUUCAAUUUUUUUGUAAACAAUUUCUAAAAAUAAACAGACAAGCAAGCCAACAAAAAACACCCCAGAAUAUUCUUUGCACUGUUUUCCACUAUUAACGGCAAUCUAUUUUUCUUAUGAAUUGACGGUGUAUUUUUUUUCCUUUUCUAUUAUUGCUAAUGUAAGAACUGUAAACAUCUGAAACCUGCAGUAUAUUAAUGUAGAAAUAUUGCUGUUAGAUCAUUCUUAUUGUGAUGGUAAAUAACUUUCAUGUAAGUCUAUCCUUGAUAUGUCAUCCAUGUGUCUCAGACAUCCAGCUGUCAUCUGGCCCAUUGGCUUCAGUGCUAAACAGGCCGGGGACAACAGGGCCAGUGCUUAACUAUCUGAUGCGAGUUCAGAGUAGCACACUGGAAACCAGUUUCCCCAGGUAAAUUUCCAUCGAGCACCUGGUUCACAUCUAUUGUCUUAUCAUCGCAGAACUGUUUGCUUUGUCUUCAGAUCUCUAUAUUGGGGUGAGGGUCCUCUAUUCAAAGAAUAUAAUGAUAGAAAUCAAAUUUGCUACUCAAAUAUUUUAAAAACAACUUUUGAUGGGGUUGUAAAAUAAAAAAUAAGACUUUUGUAUUAACUUAAGCUUCCCAGAAAUGUUUUUAAGUACAAUUAAGAAAGCUGCAGACCAAGGAGCUACAUGUAAAGAUUCUUAUACUGUUUAAACGGCGCUGUUUUAUGUUAUAUAAUGAAUCAUUUGUUGGCUUUACUCCUCAUGUUUGUGUCUGUGCUUGUAUAUUUUUAGGUAGUAAUUUCUGUAAAAGUUAUUCUAUGUAUUCCUCCCUAGAACUAUGAGAUACUCAAUCUAAUGUAAAGAGAUGAAAAACCUCUUAAGUUUUUUUUUUUUUUAAACGUGAUUUUUAAUGGUACAAUCACUGACUUAAAAAACGAUUUUUGCCCGCAUUUUAGGAAACUGUAUUUAUUUUUCUAUGUACUGAUGUUCUGUUUAGGUUGAACCCACCUGUACAAUAUUCAUGAUGAUAUAUGGAGGAAUUUGUGGGGCUGCUGAGUCAGUUAAUGCCAACGGAAAGUCAUUCUGUUGUGUUUCUUACGGAGAUGCAGUUUGCACAUCGUUCUGUUGGCUCAGUAUUAUCGAGGAGGAAUUUAAAUGCCAUCGAGGGUGUGGAAGCGUCAGGUGUAUUUGAAAACCAGUAAAUGGCAACGGUGACAGAAAGUGUUGACCUCCAAGUCAUCCAGUUGUAAGCCUCAAGUUCCUUAGAUGCUGGAAAUGUGCCACAAUGGUGCGACCUUUAUUGAAAUUUAAUAGGAUUGACCAAAACCUUUUAAUUAUAAUACUUAUGGUCUUGUUUUUAGGCUAUUUGAUGUCUGUUUUUCAGAUAAAUGUUAAUAUCUGAGAGAUGAGUUUAACAUAAAAGGAAGGUUGACCACUGACAUUGGAUCUUACCCUUGGGGAAGUCGGUCUUAAAGCUGUGGUGUCAGGGUUUGCAGAGAAAUAGGGAAACAGUUGCCUGACAGCAUCACCAGCUAACAGCUGUUGCAUGGUAAUUUGUAGACUGUCCAGCAGGGGUCUCACAGAGCACAUGAGUGCGCAGCCUGCCAGAAAUUCCUCCAUCGUUUUUGGCUGAAAAGCCAUCUGUAAAUCUACACUAGGCUGCAGGCUAUUGUGUUGAAAUCCUUAUUCAUUGUCUCCAGCACCCCUAGUCUACAUUUGUGGUGUUUCAGUUCAGCAGGCAGACACAGAAUUGAAUCUAGGAGCAACUUAUCAACACCCUGUGUUUUCUGUUUGGGAAAUAUAAGGGUGUAUGAGACAGAGAUGAAAUGGCAAUGCACCCAUAGCUGGCUCCUGUAGCACCUCAUCAUGGGGGUGGUUUUAUAUCUAUAUUUUUUUGCCAGGUUUCUGUCAUUGAUAAUUCAUGUAUGGUAUCAAUAAAGAUGAAUUUUCACGGAAAAA